CGUCAAUCCCUUAGCAAAAAAGAUGUGGGUUCUCGGCCAUAAGAGAAAUUUAUAGAUAUCGAAGGAUAUCCUCGAAAAUGAGGCGAGUGAUCUGUAUUUUAUUUUUUUUUCACUAUCUGGUAGAGGUAAUAGAAGCUCUAUCAUAAAGAUGGGGCAAGUAGUUCAAGAACUUGGAACUUCGGUUGCUAAAAGCCCGAUCCAGUUUUGGUUAAAUUGUUUGUUUCCCGUGCGUUGUUGAAAAUAAUUUCCCUUUUCCACAAGUAUAUCUCAGCACAGAAAUGAACCAUCUACAGACUAAAGCUGAUCGUGAAGCAUUCAUUGACAAAUACGAAAACUUUUUAUUCGAUUGUGAUGGUGUUUUGUGGGAAGGCGAUCAUAUGUUUGAUGGUGUACCUAACGCAAUGACGCUUCUAAGAGAAAAAGGCAAACGUGUUUUUUUUGUCACCAACAACAGUACAAAGUCCAGAGAAGCAUUUUUGAAAAAGUUUGAAGGUUUUGCUAUUAAUGCAACCAAGGAAGAAGUGUUCAGCUCUGCAUUCGCCACCGCCUCCUAUCUCAAACAUGUACUGAAAUUCCCUUCAGAUAAAAAGGUAUACAUUAUCGGUAUGAAUGGCAUUAAAGAUGAAUUAGCAGCAGAAGGUAUUCGCAGCUGUGGUGGUGAAGAAGACAGUGGCGUAUUUGAUAACGCCCCAAUCGAAGAUGAUGAGGAAGUGGGUGCUGUCGUUAUUGGCUUGGAUACAAAGGUGAAUUACAGAAAAUACGCAAAGGCAUUCGCUUAUUUGACACGAAACAAAGGAUGUCAUUUUAUUGUCACGAACGAGGAUUCAACUUAUCCUCAGUAUGGUUCAUUCUAUCCUGGUGCUGGCGCUAUUGCUGCUCCUAUUAUCACAGCCCUUGGUAGACGUCCUGACGCUGUCUUGGGCAAACCAGCCCAGAAUAUGCUUGAAGCUAUUAUAGCAGAAUACAACAUUGAUCCCAAAAAGACUGUCAUGAUUGGAGAUAGACUGAAUACAGACAUUGAGUUUGGAAUUAAUGGGAACAUCGACACCUUAUGUGUCUUGACCGGUAUUACAACUGAAGAAGAGUUGUUGAGCCCUGAGAAUAAAACCAGACCUACUUAUUAUAUUAGAAAAUGGAAGGAAGCCUUCUCUUUGUAUGAUAAAAAGGGCAACAGUACAGUUUCGUCUGCUAACCUCGGCGACCUUUUGAGAGGACUUGGUCAAAACCCUACACAAGCUGAAGUACAAGAAUUGAUCAAAGAAACUGCCAAGUCCAAAAACAUCCCUGAGAACCAAGAAUUUGACAUUGAUUUCGGUACCUUUUUGUCCAUUCUCACGCGACCUGAUGGUUUCAAGCCCGCAGGCACAGCACAAGAAUUUAUUCAAGGCUUCCAAGUGUUUGACAAGGAAGGCGACGGUUACAUUUCAGCCGGUGAAUUACGUUAUGUCUUGACUAACCUUGGUGAAAAGUUGACGGAAGAUGAAGUGAACGAGCUCUUGAAGGAAGUUGAAGUUGGUAAAGAUGGCCGUAUCAACUAUGUUGAUUUUGUCACUGUCGUUUUGUCUAGUUAGACAAAACCACAGCCCUGAUUGCAAUAUAUUCAAUUAUACCGCCGUUUGUCUUUUUGUUUGAAUUGAGUACUUCAGUUUUCAAAAAUAAUAAACGGAUUAAUGAUAGUGUGCCAUGUCAUCCAUACUUCAAGGGUGCCGAAGAAAAAGAAGAGUGUAAUAACAAUGACUAUCAUGAUUGGCUGCUAUAGGGUAAUAUUCACACUCUCAGUUUAGUUGAAAGCUUCUGAACUAUUGUAACUUGUUACUUUUUGGUGCUGUCUAUUUAAAUGAUGAAGGUGUCUUCCUUACACUAUUGCCUUUAUCAGCG